UCUUCCCUCGUUCACUUUGUAGCCCCGCGCGUUUUUCCCUCACAAGCCCCUGAGAACUUUAACACGUAGGUCUGAGGCAUGGCUGCCAAAGGAUGCUCUCUGCACAUGGUCUUUCUUCGGAUCGAAAUAUUAACAAUGGUUCUACUUGUAGGACAGAAAAUCUACUGCGCUGAACUGCCGCUUCGAGCGCCAUGCGAUAUUUCCCGGAUGGAGUUCGCCUUCCCCAGUGUGGUGGACAUCAAAGGGAGACCAUUUGGCAACUGGACCAUCGACACCCCGCUGCCGGCAUCUGCACGAGUGAUGUUCACUUGGCGUGGCCGCCAGCGACUCCUCCGCCUCUUCCACAACGAUGUUGCAGUCAAAGAGAUGGUGGUCGUCUACAAUGACCGCAACCGCAACGACACCGUGGCGGAGAUAGGAACGGGCGACAACUGCUUUCACGUCGGGUUUGUGAAGGGGGAGCCAGCGUCGUUACGCUGCAGUCUCGACAUGCACGGGUCUGGCAGGUUACAUACAAACAGAUGAGGAGCUGCUCUUCGUCGUGCCGUGGGGGGAGGACGGCAAGGUUUGGGGACAGCGGCCGCACGUGCUCUACACCUGCAACGAACGCAACGAGUCAACAGCCAACGGAAAUGAUAACAGU